CAAAGCAACGUGUCUGUGUGUCCUGCAGGUGGCGCCCUGAGAUCAAUCAUCUCAUGGAUCAGCUUUCAAAAAAAGAAAGGAGAGCUUCAGCUAAACCCACCCACUGUCAGGAUUUCAUCCUCUCCAAAAAUAAACUGCCAACCACACCCAAAAGGGAGCCGAGUCCUCCGCCAGACAAGUUCACACCAGUACCAAGAAGUACUUACACGUCUCCAAGAGAACUGCAGAAAAUACAGGAGUGUAAAGAGAAGAACAAAGAAAAGGCUGAGAAACUUCUGCAUGCGGUCCACUUCAGAUGUUGGGAUCUGGAGAAAUCUGAACAAACGGAGAGUGUGAUUUCCCAGAAUAAGGCAAAAGGCGACGCCAAAAUGAAGUCUGAGUCUUUUCAUCCAAAAGAAAUUCCUCACACUAAUAUGGUGGAGAGCCACUCAGUCAGGCUUAAUAAUGCAGCUAUUUGGAGAAGAGAGGCUUUGCAUGACCGUAUGGUGAAGGAGGAGCUACACAGAAUAGAUAAACUGGUGCAGGGAGCGAUAGACCCGUCGCCUUUCCUGCAGCGGCAAAAGGAGCUGGAGGAGCGGGAGCGCCAGGAGAAGCGGCAGGCAGAAGAACGGACCCGUCUGGAGACUCAGAUCAUUGAAAAGGAGAUAACUCUGAUUCGCAAACGGAUUGCUGAGCAAAAACAUGAAGCUGCUCUGCGCAAGAAAGAAGAGACUGCUCGCCUCAUGCAAAGAUAUGCAGAAAAACGGGUGAAGGAAGAAAAGGAAGUAAGAGACUUGGUGCAACAAGUGAUGGAGCACAGGAUUAACUUAAAAGUAGCUCAAGAAAGGAGCAAGAAAAUAAAGCAGAAAAUCGUGAAAGAAGUAUCAGAGGAAAACCAGGAGCUGCUUCGCCAAGCCCUCGAGGAAAAAGAGGAGGAGCUCAGAAAAAGGUUUCAAAUCAUCCACGAAAUUCACGUCAUUGAGUCGCUGCCUAUCGUCAAAUCAAACAAGUUCGACGAGACGGAGACCGCAGGCCAUGAGCUGCUGGGUGAGAUGUCACUGGCCGAGCUGAAGGAGAGGCUGGCGCUGCUGAGGCAGAACCAGCAGAAAGAGGAGGAGGAGCGACGCAGCAACAUCCUGGAGGAGAAGCAGAAGAAGAAGCAGCAGAUCCUGGAGACGCUGGACAACAUCAACCUCUACAGGAAGCUGCUGACGAAGGAAGCAGCCGACAGGAAAGAGGAACAGCGUUCCCAGCAGGAGCUCCUGAAGCAGGUGGUGAAUGAGGACGAGACCAUUGUGGCUCUGAAGAAGAAGCUGGAGGAUAAGAAACAGGCGUUCCACAAAAUGAAGGAAGCUGAGCGGAGCCAGGCCAAACCCGGCAAAAGGCUCGCCAGGAGAGCGUCUGGUCAGAAAGAGCUAAGGGAGACAACAUGGGAGGAACUGGAGCAGAGCUUAGCCCGCUUCGUGCAGAACACCAAGUGAUUCAACCUCUUCGGAGAAAAACAUGUAAAAACAUGUGAACGAUACUCCCUGAUAUGAUUCAUGUUUCAUCUUAUUAUUUUAAACCAUUCUGACUCAUUUUCAAUCCAUUAAAUCUGAUUAAAAACGUC